GCCAAUAUCUGGUCAGUGCUCGAAAGAACACGCUUGUGUAAUAACGCGUAGAGUAAAUUUGAACAUUCCACGUGAUUGUGUGGGUAUGUUUUGUUAUGUCGGUGUAUGUAAUAUGUAUAAUCGAUAUUGUGAAACUUGAAUAUUAACUAUACCCAAAAAGUAAUGGCCAAAAAUACGAAUUUAAUAAAAUUUAUAACGAUAACUGAAUGAAAUAAGUGAUUUUUAUGACAUUAUCAUAAAGCAAUAAUAUUAUGGUUGACAAAAGAAUAUACUGUUACUUGUUUUUAUUAACAUUUUUGGAAUCAGCACUACAAAUAAGACCGUCCUUUCACGGUCACAACAAUGGUUUUGUUCAAGAUGACAAUGAAGUCCACUAUAUCUUGGACAACAUCCCCAUUUCAAUGCACAAAGAUUUUGCUAAUGCACUGCAUGGGCCAGGGGAUACUUCGAUCGAUGAUAAAAAUAUACAGGACUCGAUACCGUACAUCAAGUUCGAGCCGGAUAUUUUAGAUUUUAAAGAUCGACAACUUGGAGUGCCGCAUCAAGAAACAGUAUUCUUGAUAAAUAAAGAUCACAAUCGAACGAUUCAUUUGACAUCAAUAUCUGGAAGUACACAGCAUUUUCACUCAUCUUUUUUUCAAGAUAAAGUGAUUCCGCCUUUAGGAAAUACAACAUUCAACGUUGUGUUUCUUGGUAGAGAGGAAGGUGAAGUAGACAGUCAUCUGCAUAUUCGAACAUCUGAUGGAACAUUGAGAUAUAAAGUUAGAGGAUUGAGUACAAGAAGUCCAUAUCGGCUGCGUCCUGUAGUCGGCGUGAAACUGCCAUUAAAUGCAUCAUUUAUGCCAUUUAUUCACAUGCAUAAUCCUCAUCCUGAACCGAUCCAGGUGAUCGAAGUUUAUAGCAGUGGCAGUGAAUUCCAGUUAGAAUUGCCAUCAGGCGAAGCCGAAGGUCCUCGAGAAUUAUGGGAAAUUCCUCCCUAUCAAACAAAGCCAAUAAUUCGGCUACAUUUUAACGCAUUUACUGAGAAAAAUCAUACUGCUUAUGUAAGAUUCAAAAUAAAUAAUAGCGUUGAAGUGAUGAUUGUGGCAGUAGAAGUGGAAGUAGGAAGUGGAGCUGGUCUUCAUUGGGGCGGAAAUUCAGCUUGGAUUAAUUUAGGUAUUGGAGGUUCACUUCAACCACCAAUUCAUUAUCCCAUAGUGUUGAAAAAUUCUGCCAAAAAACCAGUUAAAGUGUUGAAUGUUAUCAGUACACCAGUUUCGAAAGCACUAACCAUUGAUUUCGAACCAACAAUCAUCCCAGGUGAUACGGAUACACCAGUAACUAUUGGCACAUUAAUUUAUGAUUGGAAGGCUGGUUUAGAAAUGAAUCAUUUGAAAGGUAAACUUUUGAUUAAAGGUGUUGGACCAGGAGGGUCAACACAAAAACUCUCAAUUCCUUGGAAUGCAGAAGUUCUUCAAGGCGGUCUCGAAGUAAAUACUACAACAACACAUUACUUUUCACCAUUUAAAAAUCAGCCACGAAAUUUUACUGUGGUUAAUAGAUUCAAUCUUCCGCUUGCUAUAACUAAUGUCUCAUUAGCUGAGGACGCAAGAUCAUUUUUUAGCAUUAAAAAUUUCGUUCCACGAGUUUUAAAACCCGGACAAAAAGCUAAUAUAUUUGUUUUAGUUACAAAUAAUCGGAAAAAUAGUAAUAACAAUCUUAUUAGUAGUAAACUAGAGUCGUCGAUAUUUAUUUAUUCUAAUGUCUCGACGACCAAAGUGCCUUUACUGAGCUAUGAUGGUAAAGUUAGAAAAAUAAUACCUGGAGAACGUGAAAGUGAUCGUGGUACUAUGAAUUUUGGUACUGUUGGAAGUGGAACAGAAAUUGAAGCAAUUUUUGCUUUAGAAAAUAAAAAUCCCAUCAGUAUAGAGCUUCAUGGUUGGGGUGUUAAUAUGCCUGGUGCUGUUUUAGAAUUAAUGGGAUGUCAAAGUGGUCCCACGGAUCUCUUCAAUAAAGGAGUGAAAAACAUAACAGUUUGUAGCCAUACUGGAAGUCAGAGUAUAAAACCAGGAUUUCUGGCAGUAUUUAAAAUAAAAGUUAAAACUCCGAUUGUAGAAGAAGAUACUAUUGUUGGGGAUGUUUUUGUAAGAACAAUUUAUGAACGAUUAACAGUUCCAGUUUACAUGCAAGUGGCUCAUGGAAAAAUUUCUAUUAAAAAAUUCACUUUCACUGAUUGUUUUCCUGGUUCUGUUUGCAUGCAGCAACUCAAAAUUCAUUCGACAUUCGUACGAUCAAUGAAGAUAACAUUAAUUGAACCAAUUCAUCGAGAUAUGCGAGUCAAAUAUAUCCCACCGAGUGAAGAGUCAUUACCGGUGAUUAACAAAGGAGAUAAUAAUGUAGGAACAAUUGUGAUUGAUCCUUCAGUAGCGUGUAAACAGCACUGUUAUUUAGGUCUUUCUUUAAAUUCAACAGCCGGUAAUCAGUGGUUAAAUACCAUGAGUUUGCCUUCUCACACAAGAGAUUCAGAUUUAAAUUUAUUAAGUUCUCGCUAUACCAAGUACUUGAAUUCUACUGGCUCUGGUGGCAUGUGGGACAACAUUACCAUGAGAUUAGAUACAACUGAAGUCCGGGGACAUCAAUUUCAUAUUAAUAUAAAACCUUAUUGGCCAUCACUUGUAUUGAAUAUGAAUGAAAAACAUAAAAAUAAGAGUACUUUUACUUUUUCACUUACUCAAGUUGGUAAUACGUCUUUUAAAAUGAUUAAAAUCCAUAAUCCAAGUACUAAACCUUUAAUAAUUCAACUGAUUAUGGAUUGGGCAUAUCCUCAAGGUACGAGACUUUAUCAUUUACUUCCUAGUAAAUUUAAAUCUGCUUGUUAUGACUGUCCAUCAACAAUUGACGGAGAAUUUAAGCUUCUUGAUGAUGGAGAAGAACGUAAGGCAUUUGAGAGAAAUUGGGACGUGACUGUUGCACCAGAUUCUUUACCUCUGUUCCUCAAUCCAGGAGAAUCUCGAACAGUUAAAUUGUCUUAUACACCUACUCAACCUGCUCCAUCGUCUGGAUUGCUUUUUAUUCGGAAUAAUUUGACAAUUUUACAAGUAGUAAGAUUAUCAGGACGUGGAGCACACGCACAGUUUAAAUUUGGUAAUCGAAAAUCUGGAUCUAAUACACCUUUGCUUUUUGAACUGGCAGAAAAACAUCUAAAAGAUUGUGAAAGAGAGCGAUCUCGUAAAAAUCCUAUUCCUAAUCUCACAGUCAAACGAUCCUUUACUGCAAGAAAUACUGGAGAAUUACCAAUUGAUGUUUAUGGUUUUUAUAUUAAUGAUUUACAUUGUGAAGGAUAUGGUUUUAAGGUUUUAAAUUGUGGCUCAUUUAAAUUAAACCCUAAUGCUACGAAAAAAAUUGAAAUUGCAUUCACACCAGACUUCACUCUAUCGAGGAUUGAGAGAAAACUUUUAAUACUAACUAGUCUUGGUACAAAUUCUGCUGAUUCUGACAUUCAACAAAAUGGAAUGGUACAAUUAUCACUUUUAACAACAUUACCACCUCAUACUCUAGAAACUUGUGCUAGUGUUUUAAUGCGUCCAUCAUGGGAACGCCCGGUUCAAUGGGCGGCUAUAAGUUUUUCAUGUAUCUUCUUAAUGUGUAUUUUAGCAGCAUCAUUUUUAGAAGCUGAUAAAAUUUUUCGUGCUGCUCUUCUAGCAAUGUCAAAGACGAGUGGUGUACAACCACCACUUGAUUUACGGCAUUUGGCAACACAACAGACAGUUGCUUCAAGUCGAGAAAAGCUUGUUGAUGAAAAAACAAACUGUAAGAAAAGAGAUGAGCCAGAUUGGAAUUUGAUGAAUGUAAAAAGAAGUAAAGAAAAAGAAACUAAAGGUUUUAUUAAGAUUCCUGAUUGGUCUGCUGAAGAAGAACGUAAAUUUAAAAUGGACAUGGAGUCUAAGGAAAUUAUGAAAUCGGAUGAAGUAUUGGACACAGAUAAUUCAACGUUAGUGUGUAGAAAAAAGAAAAGGCAAGUAGAUUUGAAUGAUAAUACUGAAGUAGAUCAAGAAAAGAAAGUUUCAUUAUCAAGUAAAUCAAGUCCAAAAGUCAAUUUUAAAGUUAAGAGAGAUGAACAUGAGCAUAUUUUAUUGAAUAAUGAAGUGAGAGAAAAGAAAAAAAUUCAGCACAAUAUUAGUAGUAAUUUUAUUAAUAAUAGCACCAAUAAUAAUAAUAGUAAUAAUAACAAUAAUAAUAGCAAUAGUAAUAAUAUCAUUAAUAGUAAUAAUAGUUCGUACAAGAAGUAUGAAGCAAAUGCUAGUCAGAAGGUUGCCCACUACUCAGAAGAGGAUACGUCUUCGACAACAACAGAAAGUUCUACCCAUGAAGAAUCGGCUUUUAAAGAUCAGACAUUUCAUAAGCCUGAAAAAGUAUCAAAAAAACAAGGAGGAAAGAAAAAUAAACAAGUUCAAAAUUCAAAUAUUAUUGACUUUAGAGAUAGUUAUGAAGGAGAUUGUGAUGAUGAUGACUAUGAAAAAGAACGACAAGACAAUCCAAAUCGUUGGAAGAUGAAUACUAGUAAAUCGGUGACUAAAAAUCACUGUCAAUCAAUAAAAAAUAGUAAUAAUGAAAAUAAUAUUAAUUAUAAACCAACAAAAACGAAGAACCUACCGAAGAAAGAGAAAACAUUGCAAAAACGACGAAGCUCAGAGAAAAAUUUAAAAGUUAAUACGAAUCUUGAAAAAAAACCAGAAAGAAGUGUAGCUCAAGUACCUCCAUCACUUCCUCCACCACCACCACCACCUAAAUGGGGAGAAAAUCGUGCUAAAUUUAGUGACGUUGUUGCUAGGAAUCCUGACAGUAUAUCUCCACCAUAUUUAUCAACUGGAAAAUUUACUUUGAUGAAACGUAAUGAAACUAUCAAGCCUAAUGCUUCUGGACAUCCAAAAGUGGAUCUGAAUAAAGGAACAAAUGAAAAUAGAAAACCAAGUAAUGAUUAUUCCGAAUCGACAUCUAAAUUCAACAUUGAUAAUAACUUGAAUGGUAUUUUAGAUGAUCGUAAGUUUUAUUACAAUAAUGAAUCGAUUUUAAGCAGUCAUAAUCAUCAACAGCAUCAGAAUCAUCAUAGAUCAUCUAAUAGUUAUUUUAUUAACUCAUUAGAGCAGGCUUAUGAACCUGAGUUGAUCCCUUAUGAUGAUUUACCAGAAACAGAUGAACCUUUGAUGGAAUUAGAGAGUCUAGAAGAGGAUACACGAUCACCAUUAUGGACUGAUAGAAGUCCCAUGAUGAAUCUCUUAGCUGAUACAAGUUCUUAUUCUGAACUUGAGACUCUAAAUCACGUAGACAAGUUAACGAAUAAUCUUACAGAUUCACUUAAAGACAAUUGGCUCACGGUAGAGACCAAUUGGGAACCUUUGUAUUCUAGAGGUGCUGUUGGUGAAGAAAGGAGUGGUGUUUGGGGAAUUAAUACUGGAGGUGUUUGGGCUGCUGCUCCUUGGGGUACACCUACACCUCCUACGCUUCAAGUACCAUUACUUCAGCAGUCGGAGCAGGACGUACAGGAGCAUUCCGGGUUUGAUCCUUUCAGAUCUCUGAGUACAAUAUGGACGCCGUCAACAAGUUGGGACACAAAACGUGAAAAAUAACUGUUUUUUGUACUUUCCAUGAAAAAAAUGUAUAAACCAAGCAUGAUUGUGAUAAAUGAUUUCAUUAGAUGAGAUAAUUAUUGAGACGGUUGUGAUAAUUAUUGAAAAAAAUACGUAAAUUAUUUUACAAUGAAAGAAAAAAAAAGUAAAAAGCUUUUUUGAGUGAUUUCGAUAGCUUUUCGAUUUAUAAUCGCACAGAAUUAUUAUUUUUAACAUCGUUUAUUUUGAUUAAUUGUUGAUUUUACAUUCUUUAAAUUUUUGUUGUGAAAAAUCCUUGAUUAAAAUUCAUUUAUUCAUUCGAGUUUAAUAAAAAAAAAUUCAAAUUUUGAAAUGAUUUAUUUACAAGAGAAACCAAAAUAUAAUGGAGUUUAUGAUAACUGAGUGAACUGUACCUACUUAUUAAGACUGCUCAUUGUUGUGUUUAAAUAAAAACAAGUCCUCUCAGUCUUCAAA